UUUGUUUUAUUUCAUUUUAUUCAAUUUGAUACCCUGCCCUUUCCUGAAUAAUGUAAGGCUUGGGGCAGCUCACACUCAUUAAUAUUAGACGCAUAUACAGUUAUAAUAAUUUAGCUUAAAACAUUAAUUAGCUAUUAAUUAUAAUAAACCGCAAUAAAUUAAGAUCAUGACUUUUCAAAUAUCAUAGCCUAAGAUCCCUCAUCACAGUGUUACAUUAAGCUCUUAAUAAUUAACUUUUGGGAUGGAGAAGGGGGGCAUUAAAACAUGUAUCCUGUGUCUUAUUUUUUUUAAAAGAAUAAAUUUGAACUUUGUUUACAAAACAGACGACACAUCAAGGCGGAGAAGAGCUGCAAGUCUAUUCAUCUUCAUAAAGCUGGAGAGGCACAAUUCAGAACUGAAAGAAGCUCAUUUUCAUGCCCAAGUGACUAAAGGAAUCUUUUCACAGUCAAAGGCCACCCGAUAGAAGAAGAUGGAAGAGCAGGACCCAGGACAACCAUCAAAGAGAGCAAGGAAAGAUCCCAAUCCCAUCCAAGCUGGGAGUGGUGUUGCAUUCUGGGAGAGAGCUGUGCCAGAGGUCUGGGAUCAGGAGCCCGUGAACUCGGAAGUACUUUGCCGUCGCUUCCGGCAGUUCCGCUAUGAUGAUGCUGAUGGGCCCCGAGAGGUUUGCAGCCAGCUCCAUGGACUUUGCAACCGCUGGCUGAAGCCAGAGAGACAGUCCAAGAAGCACAUCAUGGACCUGGUGAUCCUGGAGCAGUUCCUGACUGUCCUGCCCUACGAAAUGCAGCGCUGGGUCAGAGAAUGUGGGCCGGAGACUAGUUUCCAAGCAGUGGCCCUGGCUGAGGGUUUCCUGCUGAGUGAGUCAGAGGAGAAGAGGCAGGCAGAACAGGUGAGGGCGUGUCUUUCCAUAUAGCUCACC